AUUGAAAAACACGACAACUGCGUCUACGAUUAUCUGGAAAUUCGGGACGGUCUUUCUGAGAGUUCGUCGGUGUUGAAGAAGCUCUGUGGCUCCAAUUUACCGACACCAAUCAAAUCAACUAAUAAUAUGAUGUAUAUAAAGUUUGUCUCAGAUAGUUCCGUGGAAAAGCAGGGCUUCACCGCGAAAUUCCAAAAAGAGUUCGACGAGUGCAAAACGAAUAAACACGGAUGUUCACACAUCUGUGUCAACACCCUCGGUAGUUACCGGUGUCAGUGUGAAAUUGGCUACGAGCUCCACCCAGAUGGCAAGCAUUGCGAAGUGCUUAAUGACUUUAAAAUGACCAUUUCAGAUGCAUGUGGCGGUGUUAUAAAUGCUGCCAACGGAACAAUUCAAACACCCGGAUUUCCAGCUGAAUAUCCACCGAAUAAGAAUUGCAUUUGGAAGAUUAUCGCCGCUCCAAAAUCUACCAUCUUCCUCAACUUCACUCAUUUUGAUCUUGAGGGCAAAAAUAAAGCCUGCAACUACGAUUUUGUCAAUAUCUACAGCGGUCCUCAACAUAACCAACAGAAAAUCGGCACAUUUUGUGGAAACACACUCCCAGCGCCAAUAACAUCUCAUACUAAUGAGUUGAACCUGGAAUUCUACACAGAUGGAUCCGUGCAGAGAACAGGAUUCAAAGCAGUAUUUUUUACUGAUCUUGACGAAUGCGCUGACAACAAUGGAGGCUGCCAGCAUAUAUGCCGAAACACAAUAGGAUCAUAUUACUGCGAAUGUCGACCCGGCUAUAAGGUAUAUGGCAGAUUCAACUGUAAAGAAAGUAAGUGGCAUGUGUUUCUAUCGAUCCAUCCAACUACCACAAGGGUAAUUAAAGUGUGUGCAAAGAAAAUAUCCAUUCAUGGAAAUUGCUCCGACCAUCAAUUAUUAAAAACCAGUUUAUUAAACUUUAUUUCAGUCGGAAAGAGUGCUGGAUGUCAACAGGAAAUAUCUUCACCCGAAGGUGAAAUCCGUACUCCUAACUGGCCCAGCGAAUACCCAGCUCGACAAAACUGUCAAUGGAAGAUCACUGCCACACCUGGUCAUAGGGUUAAAGUUGUAUUCGACUCUUUUGAAGUUGAAUCACACCAGCAGUGCAUGUACGAUCGGGUAAUCGCUUACGACGGAUUGAAUACAGAUUCAGCCCAGUUAGGACGCUUUUGUGGAAGCCGAAAACCUUUACCAAUAAUUUCAACCGGGAGCACCCUUUUACUUACUUUCAAUGCUGAUGGAUCUGUUCAACGGAAGGGUUUCAGGGCACAGCACUCCACCGUCUGCGGUGGUGACCUUAAAGCUGACGUAUCUCCUCAGAAUCUUUUCUCACAUGCUAAGUUUGGAGAUCUAGACUAUCCAGUCAAUCAGCAGUGCUACUGGACCAUUCACUCGAACCUCAAAAAUUACACCAUUCUAAUUCGGUUCUUAUUCUUCGAAGUCGAAGAGGAAACUCUUUGCACUUACGACUACGUGAAAAUAUUUGACGGUCCGGAUGGGGGAGCACAACGACUGGGAGAGUAUUGUGGCCGAAAGCUGCCUCAUGAUUCGUAUGCAGCAUCUGGAAGCAUGCAUAUUCAAUUCUACACGGAUGAUACCAUAAGCGGAAAAGGUUUCCAUGCACAGUAUCAACUAGUUCCCAACGGAGCCGUAGCUAAUCAAAAUCAGCUUAAUCUUUCUCCAAUUGUAAAGUUACCCAAUUCACCUCCUUCCCACUAUCGAUCGGAGCAGCCAGCUUAUAGACACCGCCGGCAAUCAGCUGCAAUAUCCCUUGCUAAUUCCUCUCCAAAGGCUAAGGCCCCUUUCCACGGAACUCGAUAUGUUUCAAGAAUUCAUCGAACUUCUCCCUGGAUAAGCCAGAAGAGUCUUUAUGGAAACUAUCGACCUCAGCCCACCGUCCAGCCUACACAAGUGUCAAAUCGGGCAUGGAGGGUCCCCUAUAGACCUGCACAACCCUCCCAUAGAUCAGUACGAACUCAAAAUCGGAUCUAUAAUCCCCACGCAGGUUGGAGUGGCAGUGACUCUCGAAGACUGCACCCUCAAUUGAGACCCGACGUUGAAUACGGAAUUCAUGAAGUAGGAGGAUCGACUAGUAGUUACCUUCCAGCGGCCACUUAUAACUUCCAACAAAAUAACUAUCAAGGAAGUAGGCAGAAAUCAUCUGGGUACCGUGGUUCGAAUACUUCCUAUCGUCGCAUUUCUACUACCUAA